AUGAAAAAGCUUCAAAAACAACAAGUGUCUCCAUCCUCAUAUUAUUCUACACCACAUACCUCUUUAAAGCCAAUAGACGUGUUAAAUAAACAACAGGAUAGCAAUUCAAUAGUUGACAAAAGAAGAAGGUUAAUAUACACAAAUAAAAAUUCUCCGAAUAGAAAUAUUUCAAGUACCACACCAAAAAGUUUUGGGGAAAAAGGAAUAUUAUCAAUAACAACACCAAAUGCAAAUAAUAAUAUACAAAAUGGCGAUGAUGAUGAUGAUGAUGAUGAUGAUGAUCUGGUGGGACCCCCAAAAUUAAGUAAUUUUGCAUCAGAAAUACUUUUAAAACCAUCUACUAAUGAAUAUGUAAACACUUUGCCCCAGCAAAAUAUAUUACUAUCUUCCCCUACCAAUACAAAUACUACAAACGUUAUGACCAAGAAUAGACCAUCGACUUUAACCAACCAUACCAUAGUGGAAAAAGGAGAUGAUAUCCACAAUACUAUUAAUAAAGGCACUGGAUUCCCAGGAAAUGAAAGCUUUUCACAAUCUCUGUUAGAUAUUAAAGAAAACCUAAGGAAUGAACUAGGUACUAUUGAGGAUAAUUUUAGCACUAAUAAUUAUAAGUUGAACAUUAAAACAAUACCCAAUGAUACCCAAGCUAACAUACAGCAGCAAUUUACUGCUAGACGAAGAAAUAGAAGAUUUAUCUCUACCAGACUGGGAUUAUUAGGCCCUGCUAAAAGAUCUGGUUCACACACGGGAUAUUUUACAGAUGAAAGUGUGGAUAAUGAUGAAUUUAGCUGCAAUAAUAAUAAUAAUAAUAUCAAUAAAUAUCACGAUAUAGAUUUUGGAAACUUGAAUCCUUAUCAAUAUUCUAAGUUGCACAAUAUUGCACCAGAGGAUUUCCCCAUAAUUACAAGAAUCUAUUUUGAAAAGCAAAAAGAACAACUGCAUAACAUAUAUAAUAAUAGCGCUUCCAACAUUAAUACUGAUGUUAUUGGUAAUAAAAUAAAAACGAAAAGAAAUUUGACCAAUGUAAGGCAUGAUAUGGCACAAAUAUCAUCAAAAAAGGAUGAUAAUAAUAAAAGCAUCAACGUUACAACGGACAUACAGAGAGAAAGAUAUGGUUGUAACAGAUCUUUUGCAUCAUCUCUAAUUAAUAUAAUUCCAACUAAAGGGGAUAAUAUACGUAGUUCCUCCGUUUUUCACAAUAACAAUAAAAGCGAUAAUAACUUUAUUCUGAAUGAGAAUCGAGUAACCACUGCGGAUUCUAGAACUUUUAUAGAACAAGAAAAGAAAAAGUUUUUGGAGGAACAAUACUUAUCUAACAGCAUUAAUCAUAAAGUCAGUAAUAAUUGUGAUGUAGAAAAACGAAAAAUUAGUAGUAUUUCCGAUGUUACACCUUUUGUUAAUAAUAAUAAUAAUAAUAAUAAUAAUAAUAGUGGUAAUGACGAAAGAAAUGGUAUUUUGGAGCCUUAUUUACGAGAACCAUUGUUGGAACUGGAACCUAAUGUUAUUGAACCUGAAUUGAAAAAAACGAAAAAGGUCAAGCAUGUUUCUAUGGGUAGGGCUUACCAAGGCUCACAAAUAAUCCCAUUAAAACCGCCUGCGCUAGAUUUAUACGCUAACAAUAAUAAAUCUAAUGCUUCUAUAAUAACGAAUAACAGCAAUGGUAAUAGUGUGACGAAUAUUACUGAUGCUAGGCUAAUUACAACGGUCAAUGGGGUGAUAUACGAAAAAAUAGAAUUGUUAGGUAAAGGUGGUUCUUCUAAAGUGUACAAAGUUAGAAAAAUCAAUACACCUGCUAAUAGUAACAAAAUUUAUGCCUUGAAAAAAGUCAUAUUUGAUGAAUUUGACGAUAGUAGUGUUCAAGGGUUUAAGGGCGAGAUUGAAUUACUUUGCAAUUUAAGAGGUAAAUCGCGUGUGGUGCAAUUAGUAGAUUAUGAAAUUCAGACCGGUAUUUUGUUUGCUAUCAUGGAAUGUGGUGAUCACGAUUUAUCCCAAGUGUUACAGAAUAGGAUCACAAUGCCACUUGAUGUUGAAUUUGUAAGGUAUCAUUUUAAAGAAAUGUUGUAUUGUGUUAAACAAGUUCAUGAUUCUGAUAUUGUGCAUUCAGACUUAAAACCCGCCAAUUUUGUGUUUGUCUGCGGUAUUCUUAAAAUCAUUGAUUUUGGUAUUGCCAAUGAGGUUCCUGACUAUACGGUUAAUAUUUAUAGAGAAACACAAAUUGGUACGCCAAAUUAUAUGGCACCUGAAGCCUUAGUUGCAAUGGAAAAAGAAAGAAGAGCUAAUGAUCAACAAGGUGAAAAUGCGACACGCGAUGAAGCACAGCCCAUCUGGAAAGUAGGGAAACCUUCAGAUAUAUGGUCGUGUGGGUGUAUAUUAUAUCAAAUGGUCUAUGGAAAACCACCAUAUGCCUCAUUUCAAGGACAAGAAAGAUUACUGGCCAUUAUGAAUCCAAACGUUAAAAUAAGUUAUCCUGAAAGAGGAUUAGGUGGAUGUUUAAUUCCAAAAACUAUUCUAGAACUGAUUAAAAUGUGUUUAAGAAGAAAUCCUGAACAAAGAGCCACUAUUGAUGAAAUUCUGGCGACCAGUUUAUUUUUAAAUCCCGUUGUUGUAUCCAAAAACUUUAUUAAUGAUUUAGUUAAAAAUGCUGUGCAAUUCGGUGUCAACCAACAACAUCAAAUUUCCCCUAACACUAUAGAUAAAUUAUCUAACGAGGUUUGGAAUAGAUUAGAGAAUUUAAAAUUGUGA